AUGCCGAAGUACGACAGCGCCUACGACUACCAGCAUCGUCACCGCGAUGGCCUCCAAGGGCCGCCGAACUGGGUGCUCAAGACCAAGGGGCGGCAGACGGACUCGGUGCCGGUGGACCGGCAGGGGCACCCCCAACCCGCCCCUGUUUCCAAGCACCACGCGGCGCUUGCGCGCGCGAACGCUCCCGAACGCGAGCUCGAGAGCUACAACAAGAUCAAGUCCGUCAUGACGUCCAUCGACCUAAACCCAAAGCGUCGCACGGUUCGCGAGACGGAGCUGCCCCCCAUCAGGGAUUGCGUGGCCACCCCGAACGGCUCCCGCGUCUUCAAUCGGCCCUGGGACCUCCCUUCGACGCGUUACACCGCCCAGUCGACGAGCACGGAGGCCCUGUCGCCGAGGUUCCGCCGCACGGGCCCCAGCGAGGCUGCAACAACAGGAGAGUGGCUGCGGCAAACGGGGCAGGUUGGAAAGCUCGGGUUCGGGUACACGUCGUCCACGGGCGAGCAGUACCACCCGCUCAUGAGCCACAGCGUGUCGCUGCCGGGCGGCACCACGCAGCCCGGCCGCCAGGGCGCGUCCGAGCGCAUGGCAAUGCUAAAGGCGUGGGGCGGGUCGUGGGAGCGCAGCAGCAAGCACGAGGCGUGCUCGCCGCUCGACACGCGGUCGUUCCGGCACGCGCAGCAGGCGCGGCACGCCCCCUUGCGGCGCCCCGCGCCCGUCCCGGCGACCCCGUCGUCCAUCAACUCUCAGACCACUGGCGGGUACGGCCAGUCGUACCGGCGCGUGUUCUACUCGUGA